AUGUCUUCUCCAAUGGUCUCUGUUCAAGAGGCUUUGAAGGAUAUGGUUUCUUCACUACCAAAAGAUUUAUUUGAAAAAAAUACAACUAAAGCUACUCGUAGAUUAUUGAUUUCUAUUGGUUUAGUAUCUUUGGGUGCCAUGAUGGUUUAUUGGAUGCCAUGGUAUUUGCUACCAUUGGGAUGGUUCUUUAUGGGUACAGCAUGUUGUGGAUUGUUUUCGAUCGGAUAUGCCUGUGGUCGUAAUCUCUACUUCCAGAAUCGUAUUAUCAAUAAUAUAGUUGGUACCAUCUGUAUGCUCCCAUUGAUGUAUCCACUCGAGUAUUUCAAGGAGAAGAGCUGCUCUACCAAGGAGCAAGUUCGUGACUAUGUGGUCGAGUUGGCCAGCAGCAGAUUCUGGUGGUUGUCAUCGCCAUUCCAAUGGGUGAAUUCCAAUUUCAAUCUCCGUAAUUUCUCGGGUCGAAUGAUUAUCAGUGCAUCGUUUAUCUAUUUGUUCGUUGCCAUCUUCUUGCCUCUGAUGACCUACGGUCUCGGACUCUGGGGACUCUUCAAAUUCUAUUUGAUCCCACUGUUUGUCUACCACUUGUGGAUGUCCACCUUCCUCAAGGCCAGCUGCCUUCAAUUCGAUAGUGACAAGCCAACUUUCCUCCAAUUGCCCAAGUUGAUGGAGUAUCUCACUCUUGACUUUAAUAUUGGUGUCACUCUCAGUCGUAUCCAAACCGCUUCCAACGGAAUUAUCCCAGCAUACAAAUGGAAGGAUGCUUAUAAUCUCUUGAAAAAGGAGUAUAAGGGUAUCUCUGAGCAAUCGUUCUCCUCGUUGAUCACCAAGGUUUCACCUGCCGUCACCAAGCAAAUCCAAUCAUUGACCACCUCUGGAUCGGAAUCUACCACUACCGAAACCGAUGAAUCAGUCGAACAAACCGAACAACCAGAGACAAAGAAGUCCAAGUUUGAUGGUAAACCAUGGUAUGAAAGAAUCUAUUGGGUAACAACACUCUUCUUGUUUGGCACUCCAUUGCUUUCACUCUAUGGAAUUUUGACCACUCCAUUCAAUGCCAAGACCUACAUCACUGCUUUCCUUGCUUAUUAUAUCGCUGGUAUUGGUAUUACCGCUGGUUACCAUCGUCUCUUCUCUCACCGUUCCUACGAAGCAUCAUGGCCAGUCCGUUUAGUAUUGAUGUUGAUGGGUACAUCGACUUUCGAAAUGAGUGUAAUCAACUGGUGUCUCGAUCAUCGUGCUCACCACCGUUUCACAGAUACCGAUAAGGAUCCAUAUAACAUUAAGAAGGGAUUCUGGCAUGCUCAUAUGGGUUGGAUGUUGUUCAAGCGUGACGAAGAACCCGAUGCCGAUGUCUCUGACUUGAUGGCCGAUCCAAUCCUUGCAUUCCAACAUAAAUACUAUGCCCCGAUGGCUUUGACUUUGGGAUUCGGUGUACCAACUCUAAUUUGUGGUUACUUCUGGGGAGAUUGGAAAGGUGGUUUCUUUAUUGCCGGUAUUGCCUCCAAGGUAUUGAUGAUGCAAUGCACCUUCUGUAUCAAUUCGCUGGCUCACUACUUGGGUGAAGCUACAUUCACCGACCAACGUACACCACGUGACUCCCCGAUCACCUCGUUGGUUACCUUUGGUGAGGGAUAUCAUAACUUCCAUCACGAAUUCCCAUACGACUACCGUAAUGGUGUUCAUAUGAGCGCCUACGAUCCAGGCAAGUGGUUGAUCUACUUCCUCUCAUUGUUUGGUGCCACCUAUAAUUUGAAGAGAUUCCCAGAUGAAUUGUUCUCCAAGGGUAAAAUCCAAAUGGCCGAAAAGAAGAUUCAAAAGGAAAAGGAAGCGCUCUUCUGGGGAACUCCAUUGACAAUGCUACCAACCUACGACACCGAAGAAUUCAAGGCUAAGACCUCAAAAGAAAACCAAAAGUGGUUGAUUAUCAAUAACAUUGUCUAUGAUAUUGCACCAUUCAUCCAUAAGCAUCCAGGUGGUGAUCGUUUCAUCCUCGACUACAUCGGAAAGGAUGCCACCAAAGCAUUCAAUGGUAUUGUUUAUAAUCAUUCGGUUGCAGCUCGUAAUAUAUUAGAUACAUUAAGAGUUGGUAUUUAUAAACCAAACAAAUAA